AUGCGCACACACACACACACACACACACACACAAAAGAGAAUAAUGGCAUCCUCAUUCACUAUGCGCCGCUCAAUCCUAUCGGCUGCCACAAUCCGUGGCGCAUUCCGGCCACUCUCCACGAGCCGAAUUCUAUGCAAACCAAGCGACAACGGCAAGCCCAUGGCAUUCUCCGACUCCCCAGCUCCCCCCGCCUGCCCAAAGAAGAGCAGGAGAUCUUUGAGCAGCUCCAGAAGCGCUCAACUGGCGCAUUCAGCACACCUCAGGUCAACCAGUCCCCGCAGGCUGCGAUCCAGGCGGAUGGAAGUGGUGGCGAGCUCCACCCCGAUGCGCCGAAGGGACUGCAGCCCGAGUUUGAGGGGGAGAAGAACCCUAAGACUGGCGAAGUAGGCGGACCGAAGAAUGAGCCUUUGCGAUGGGGCGCAGGUGGUGAUUGGAGCUAUGGCGGUCGUGUCACAGAUUUCUAA